GAAGCUUGCCGGAGCUCCGUUCUAGCUCCCCCCUCGCGAAAGCUACUACCGACCUAGGCCGUCUGCUGACAAGUCUCACGCACCCAAGCUGAAGUCAAUUCAUAACAGUAAUUAAAACCUCGCCCUGCUCAUAAUCUCAGACUCCAUCUACUCCUCCCUUUCUAGUCGCAAUCGCUGCUGUCGCAAGAACGUCUCCACGAUGAAGUCGUCCAUCCUCUCCCUCGCCCUGUUCGCUGGCUUGGCCGCCGCCCAAGCGGGCAAGAUUCCCAGCUGUGCGGUAUGUUGACUCUCCGCGCUCCUAUUCGUCGUGUUUUGGUUGUCUGCUGCUGGUUGCCCGUUACUGGUUCCGCAGUCUCUACGGGGAAAAUAUUAUGGGCGAAAUUGGCUAAUUGGUGUCACCCGCCCAGACUUCGUGCAUCAACAAGUACACCACCGGUGAUGGUAUUGCCGGAUGCAGUGCGAUCGACGUCAAGUGCAUCUGCAGCAACGCCGACUUCUUGAACGGCAUCGCCUGCUGUCUUGAGGGCCAGUGCGAUGCCGCUGGCAAGGCUGCCGCCGUCAAGUAUGCCCAGCAGAUCUGCUCGGCGGCCAAGGUGACCGUUCCGGACGAGGUCGUCUGCAAGAGCACCUCCUCCGGCACCGCCAGCGCCAGUGCUAGUGCCACCGGGGUCGCGAGCGAGAGCGCAUCAGGCACAGUGACAGGCGAGGCGGCCUCUUCCUCCACCGCGUCGGCGGCUUCAGCUGCUGUCUCGACGACAACCACCAGCGCCAGCACUGAGACGGGAAGUGCUACCGAUAGUGCGGCUUCAUCGACCAGCUCGACCGGGGCGGCGGCUGGCCUGAGCAACGCAGGUGGCCUUCUCGGU